AUGCCCACUCCGUUUGGCCACUCGCUGCCACCCGAGGGGGCGCACACCAUCACCUUCCACAUACCGACAUGGGAGACGGCCACGGGGUUCCGAGAUGGUGACGCGAGCAUCAUCUCACGGCUGAAGUCUGUGUACCCACGAUUCUUCCCUUUUGGGCCUUCCGCCCAGUUCAUGCAAGCCGUGUCUAAACAGCUCAAUAUCCCGCAAGACCACGCUAUUGUCGCCUUUCUCUCGCCAGCCGUCUGGGCUGCUAACAAGGAGCAUGCCACGUCCGAGUUCCGCAAGGACAAGAAGCUCACCGACGACGAGAUGAAGUACCAUGUUGUCGAAAUUGGAGGCGUGCGACUGUACGUUCUCGAAUUACUUGCCGCCAAAAUGAUGGCGGGCAUCUUCAUGUGGCAGCACGGCGGCCUGGGCUUCAGCACGCGCCUGGGCGAGCACAUGCUCUUACAAAUCGACAGUCUCGAGUACCUGGGGGAAUUCCCUCAGGGCGCCAAUGCACCGGCGCCGACAUAUCUGCCGGAGGGGGAGGCCCACGAGUUGUUGCGCAAGCGUAUAACCGGUCUUCUGAUGCGUGCUUGUGCUGAAGAGCCCAAGAAAUCCGUGCAGCCCGAUGAUGUGUUCUUGUACCAAACUGGCAUGGCUGGGAUUGUAAGAUUCCACGAGACCGUCAUGAAGGUCCGGUCGGAGCCGGCCGUUGUCUUUGGCGCUGUCUUCCACAGCACCUUUCACUAUUUCGAGGAACUCCCGAGUGGCCUUAAGCAUUAUGGGAAGUGUGACGAGAACGAUGUGAAUGAUUUUGAGAAGUACCUCGAGGAGGGGGGCAAGUGCAGCUAUGUCUUCACUGAGUUCCCCAGUAACCCCAUCCUGGUCAGCGCCGACUUGCGGAGGUUACGGACGUUGGCGGACAAGUACGGGUUCUGGAUUGUCGUCGAUGAGACCCUUUCAUCCUUCUGCAACAUUGACGUCCUACCCGUCGCGGAUGCCAUCAUCACCUCGCUGACCAAGUCAUUCUCGGGCUACGCUGAUGUCAUGGCCGGCUCAGUCGUCUUGAAUCCCAACAUGGCCAGCUAUAGCACCCUGAAGCCUCUCUUCACCCAGCAAUUCCACAACGAGCUCUUUGCCGUAGAUGCCGAUCAUUUGUUGAAAAACAGUGACGACUAUCUCCCUCGCUCCAUCAUACUGAACCGCAACGCCGAGGCCCUGACAAAAUACUUCCAGAAGCUGGCCGAGGAUCCCAAGUACCCCGUCGCCAAAGUCUUGUACCCGCCGUACUCCCAAGGCUCUAAACAUCUCAUCCCCUUCCUUCGCAAGCCGACGCCCGAGUUCCCCAAGAUCGGUUACGGCUGUCUGUUUUCAGUCGAGUUCGAGACCGAAAACGCCACGAUCGCCUUCUACGAUAACCUGAAAUUCCACCAAGGACCCCACUUGGGGGCCCACCUCACCCUAGCCAUGCCGUACAAUUUCAUGGUGCUAGAUAAAGAGUCGAGUCCGUAUCAUGCGUCCUACGGCAUGCAUGCCAAUCAGAUUCGCUUCUCCGUCGGUCUCGAGGAGGAGCUACACCUGGUGGAUGUCUGCGAGAAGGCCAUUACUGCUAUGAUGCAGACGGGGGCUCAGGUAUAA